AUGUGUUCUACACACGUCUUAUUUUACAUUUUGGUACUCACUUAUGUCUUUGGAGACACGGUCUGUUACCCGAAUUCUCCGAAUUGUCAGGAGGGUUACGACAAGAACAACUGUCACAUCCUCGAGAUUAACACAGACUUUCACUUCUCUAAAGAGUGUCAGGAGUUUGUCGAUCACCUCGACUCUGUCCAAAUCAACGGAGAAGUCAAGUUGAAUAUAGACGAUGGUGUUGUCUUCACCCCAAACGUUGUUGUGAAGGUGGGAAGUAGUUUGGAGAUCAACACCGACUUGGAGCUGAUCAACGAUUUUGUCAUCGAACCUUCUGCGUAUGUCAAAUUCAUGAAUUUAACACUAACUGGCGGGAAGUUUAGUGUUUUGGAUGAGACUGAAAUAACAGGGACGCUUUCAAUAGAGAAGAAUAGUAUAGUAGAAGUGGACAAGAACGUCAAAAUCACGGUCGACGAGAUCCACGUGAAGGGGAAUGGGCAGCUUCUAACAGCCGAAGAGGCGAGUUUGAAUAUCAACAAGAACUUUAACAUGUAUGAAAAUGCGUUCUGCUUGAUUGGGAAGGCCGGGAGAGUCUUUGUAAGUAACCAACUGCAGUUGUACGACGCCUCGAAGUUAAGUACUGAAGAUGAAGUGAGUGUGACUGUCUCUGGAUACUUCUGGAACGUCUUUCAAAAUGCAAAAGUGCUUCUUGGGAAGAGGGGACAGAGUGUGAGUCAGAACAUCUACGUCUACGCGACGGCUUCUGUGAUCUUAGAAGAGGAGAACCAGCUCAGUCUUGAGAAUUUGUAUCUCUUUCAAAACGCGACACUCCAAGUCUUAGACAACAGUGUAGUGAGCUGCGGACAAUACUUCUCGACGUAUUCAUAUACAAUGAUCUCAAUUGGGAACAACGUGACAAUCAAGAGUAGCUCAAUGUUCAUCUUAUUCAGUACAGAAGUCAUUCUUGGCGAGAAUAACAGAAUCUCUGCUGAUUCAUUUGAGGUGAACAGUUAUAGUAAAAUGACGGUGGGGAACAAUUCGACUUUUGUGGUAUCAGGGAAACGUCUCUCAAAGGAGUGCUCGAAGGGGGAAAGCACGGACUACUGCACAGCAAUUGCAAUUAAAGGCGCGGCUGAGUUAAAAGUGGAGAGCAAUAGCAACCAACCGUUAUUCACUGUUGGAAUUGGGAAAGUCGUUGUUUGGAAUACAACCCAAAUCGUCCCUCUUAAUGCAAAGUGUAUUAAUCUCUUCAAGUUCGAGAGGAAGUACAUCUAUAAGAAUGAAGUGGAGAAGAAACAAUACCGACUUGUAUGUGGAGAAACUAUUGGCAGGUAUUGUGAAACAGAAUUUGUUGAUGUCAUAUGUGAUGACAAACAGAAGGAUGAGCUUUAA